AUGGCGACCGCAAGCUCAGGGUCUGGUGCUCUCACCCAGUCGCCUUCCCCUUCCACAUCGACGGCCGAUACAAGCACCAACAAUGAAGAUGUGAAUAGAGACCCAAACUUCUCCGGCAGAAACAUGGACGAAGUGGUGACUCUUAUUGCAGAACCGCAUCACCGAGAACUGGACACCAAGAACAAGUUCAUUGUGCACAAAAGUUUUGCUUGCCACUAUUCUCCUGUCUUAAAGGAUUUCUUCGACAACGAGAACGUGGACCGCCGGCUUCGCAAAUAUCACCUUCGCGGUACUAGCUCUAAUACCGCCCAGCUCCUAUUACAAUGGAUCUACACACAGAAGGUAGAUAUUGGAAAAAUCGCUGAGCGGCCCGAAGGAGAGGCCAAGAGCCAAAGUUUGGUUUUUCUUUGGGUGCUGGCUGAGAACCUUCAAAUCCCUCGAUUACAAAACGCUGUUAUACGCGAGCUGCAGGCAUUGAGAGACCGCGGUGAACCAGUUCCCACCCUCUCUCUGAAGCACGUGUAUGAGAAUUUUCCACGAGCCAACCCACUUCGCCGAUUGCUUCUCCAUCAAUGUGCUGGCGGUCUUAGCAAGUGGUACACCGACAAUCCAGAGCAAUUCCCAAAGGAUAUGUUACUCGAGUUGACUGUUUAUCUCAGCAAAGCAGUGCAGUCAGGUACGAGUGCCAAAGAUCUGAGGGAGAACACAAAUCUUUCCGACUACUUUGUUCCAGAAGCUUGA